AGCCUUUAAAUUCUCCAAAAACACUCUUCUUCUUCAUUCCCGCUAUGGCCCAACAAAAGAAAAGGCUCAAAACUCUCACAAACAUUCUCAAAGACAAAGCUUCAGUAAUCAUCGCAUCCCUCUCCGUCAAACGCCACGUGUCCUCCGUCCAUAUCAACAUCCUCCGCGCCACCUCCCACACCCUCUCCUCCCCACCCUCCGAGUCACAAAUCGCCGCCGUCCUCUCCAUCGGCAACACCUCCUACACUCUCCCUCGCGCCUGCAUCAUCUCCCUUAUGGACCGCCUCCACGGCACCAAAAACGCUACGGUCGCAAUGAAAUGUCUCUUCACUCUCCAUAACAUAAUCCUCAAAGGACCUUUUACGCUGAAAGAUCAAUUCUCUUGUUACCCUUCUUACGGCGGUCGGAAUUUUCUUAACCUCUCGACUUUCCGUGAUGACUCGGAUUUUGAAUCGGUGCAGUUGAGUUCUUGGGUUCGUUGGUAUAGUGCUGUUCUUGAACAGUUUUUGACCAUUUCAAGAAUAUUAGGUUAUUACAUGAAUUCGGUAAAGAAUGAUUUGGAUUCGGUUUCGGUUAUGAUGAUGAAGUUGACGAAUGCUGAUUUGUUGUAUAAGCUUGAAGGUUUGAUUGUUUUUGUUGAGAAAAUUUGCGAUUUUCCGGAAUCGUUGGAUCUUCAGAGGAAUGAACUGGUUUAUGAGAUAGUGAGAAUGGUGGGAGAAGAUUAUAGAAACGUGCAGGGUGAGAUAUUGUUGAGAUUGGAGGAGAUUGGGAAGAGGAUAGAGAGAGUUGAGGAUGUGGGUGAGUUGAACGAGUUGGUGAGUUAUUUGAGGAGAUUGGAGGAGAGUAGAGAGAAACUGGUGGUUUUGUUUGUGAAUAGAAGGAAGAAUAAUAGGUUUUGGGAAAUGGUUAGAGAGAUGAAGAUGAGAGGGUUGGAGAAGAAGGAGGAGAUUGAAGGGAAGUGGCUUACGGUGGUGGGGAAGAGAAACACGGUGGCGGCGCCGGCUGAGUUGACUCGGUGUACGAACCCGUUUCUUGAACCGGGACAAUAUUUUCCGGUCCCACAGUUGAGUUUUGCAACGGUAAGAUGACAUACGGCAACGUCGUUUUACUUUUCUGUCUGUAAGAAUUUUUCUUUUUUGGCUUUUGUAAUUUUUUUAUAAUUUUUUUUUCUUCAUUUUUCUUUUGGAAUAAGCACUUUUUUGUGGGAGGUGUGAAGAACUUUUUGGAGUGGGGUUUUCUAUGCUGUUGUGUGAAUAAUUAAAGUGGAAAAUUAGACAGAUAGAUUAUAAUUUCAUCAUGUACAUUAAAAUAAAUUAGGAUUUUGUUGGCAAAUUCAAAAAGAGAGGAUUUGACUUUUCCAUAAGACUUUUAUAGAAAUCGAUUAUAUCCGUGUGAUUUGUAUAUUACUUACUAUCUUUGUAUAAUAUUGAUUGGAAUAAAUAAUGUACUGCCAUUAUUAAAUGAAUUAAAAAAGAAAAUAUUUUUUUAUUGCAGUGAUCAUAAGGAAUAUGUUGAAUAAAAA